GUUACAUCGCGUUCCAUCCGUAAUAUUUUGAAAAACGUUAAUCGAUUGUGUAUCGAAGAGUUCGUAAGCAAUCGACUUUCGGUCGAUUGUCGGUACGAUACCACAUGGUAACGGUGGUAAAAUGGCUUCGCCUAUUCCCUGUGUCGUUGUGAGAGGAACCACUGGUAUAAAUCUAGCACAAGGUCCACCAUCUUAUGAACCAGUUAAAGUAUUUCCUAAAGAUGAUAGCAAGACCUGCAAAGCUAUGCUUUUUAGCCCAGAUGGCAAAUAUUUUGCAUGGGUUAAUGGAAUUGAUAUUAAAAUUGUACUUUGUGAGAGUUGGAAACUUGUUGCUGAAAUUGCACAACCUAAAGUCUGUGCCAUUCAAUUCUCUACUCAAAGUACAUAUCUUACAACUUGGGAACAAUCGUAUGUAACACAAACAAGUCCUCAGGGAACAGAAAAUCUUCACAUUUGGAAAUCUGAAAAUGGUGAGCUAGUUCAUAGUUUUGUGCAGAAGAAGCAGAUUAAUUGGGAACCACAGUGGUCAAGUGAUGAAAAACUCUGUGGUCUAAUAAGUGGUGGAAAUGUUCUUUUAUAUGAAGAUAAAAAUUUUGAUAGAUAUGUACAUAAAAUAAGUGCAGCCAAAAUUGCCAAAUUUAGUAUAGCACCUGGGAAUGCUCCAUACCAUAUUAUCUGUUAUAUGCCAGGGAAAGCAGGUCAACCUUCUUUUGGAAGAUUAUUUAAAUACCCAAAAUUCGAGAUUGGAGAAUCACUUGCAAAUAAAAGCUUCUUCCAGGCAGAUAAAAUUGAUAUAUAUUGGCACCAACAUGGAACAAAUGCAUUAUUAAUGACGAAUACUGAAAUUGAUAAGAGUGGAGCAUCAUAUUAUGGGAAACAGUCAUUGCAUUAUCUUAACACAAAAGGAGAAACUGCUAUGGUUAUGUUAAGUAAAGAAGGUCCUAUACAUGCAGUAGAAUGGUCUCCGAAGAACAUAGAGUUUUGUGUCGUAUAUGGGUUUAUGCCAGCUAAAGCAACAUUGUUUAAUGUUAAGUGCGAAGCAAUAUUUGAGUUUGGUACAUUACACAGGAAUAGUAUCUAUUAUAAUCCACAUGGCAACAUUCUGCUUUUGGGCGGAUUUGGCAAUCUUAGGGGUGGCGUUGAAUUAUGGGAUAUUGCUAAUAGAAAGCUUAUUGCCAAAACUGAUGCACCAGACACUACACUGCUUCAGUGGUCACCAGACGGUGAACAUUUCGUAACAGCGACCACAGCGCCCAGAUUACGAAUGGGCAAUGGGUUUAAAAUUUGGCAUUAUACUGGUUCGCUGGUGUACCAACGGCCAUGGAAUAACCAAGAGGAACUGUGGGAAGUAUUAUGGCAAAAUUUUCCUUCAAAUACUUUUCCUCAGAAACCUAUUAGUUAUAAAGCCGUGGAUGGUAUCGUCAGUAGUUGUAGCCAAUCGCAAGCCUCAAAAGAAGUAUAUAGACCACCGAGUGCCAGAGGACAAACCAUCACGUUUAAAUUGCAUGAUGAUAUAGAACCACCUUCUAGGCCAAAUGCUGAAUCAAAUCCAUCGAAAGCUGCACUGAAAAUGAAGAAAAAUAGGGAAGCAAAGAAAGCUAAAAAAGAGUUAGAAUCUAACACUAGUUCCACUAUUAAUGGACAAGUUGCAAGCACAGCAAGUAUAAGAAUGGAAUUAACCGAUAAUCCGGAAAAGAAUAAAAAGAUAAAAAAAGUAAAGAGUAAACUAGAACAAAUUUCUAAAUUGAAAGAACAGCUAAAAGCUGGAAAGCAAUUAGAAAUCAAUCAACUAGAUAAGAUCAAGAAAGAAGAUGAAUUGUUAAAAGAACUCGAAGAACUUACAUUAUGAUAAAUCAUUCAGCUCUCGAACAGGAUUAUCUUGAUGAACAUAGAAUUGCGGCAGAAAAUAAAUAACUUUUUUCGGGAUAACAUGAUUGCCAGAGGAAUACUUUUAAGUCUAAAUCAAAUUCGUCCUGUGUGAUAAGUGGAGUAAAGAACAGUGGGAAUUCUAUUCAUAUUUGAAUGUUUAAGCUUGAAUCUCUCUAAAAUAAUUAUGAAUGGGGAUAAAGAGGGAAGAAAGAAGAUUACAUAUUCCUGAAUAAGAUUAGAUGUUCAUAUAUUAGUUUUAAUCAUAUUGAUAAAAAUGACUAAAAUAGUGCAAAACAGCACUAUUAAAUGACUAUAUUUACUAGUACUAUCUGAUAAAGUGAUACUAUUAAAUGAUUAAUUUUAUUAUAGUUCACUUCUUUAUUUUGCUAAAAAUUGAUAAUAAUAGAGUUAAUGCUGGGAUGUUAUCAGUUUAAAUAAAAAUGUUAAUCUAUUGUAUACAAGCUAAUAACUAUCAACAAAAGAGCAACAUUUUAUUAGCAGAAAAUUUAUUAGAUCCUUUAUAAAGGAAAUUUAUUGCCAAAAGUAUGAGAACUUAAGAAUGUUAGAUUGUGAUAUACUCCUUAUUCUACUGUCUUUUUUGAAAAAUAAUUUAAAAUUUUUUUAAAAAACAAUGGCUAACAUUUAUAAAAUAAUAGUAAAUUUCGCAUUUAAAACUGAGCUUAAACACUCUGCAUACUAGUAUCUAAUGUUGCUUUCUGUAUUUAAAAGUUGUAGACACGAUAUUGGUGGACAUCAUUAUAAUUUGCUGAAGAAAUUUUCAAAAAAACAAGUAUAUCUAUUUAUUUCUUAUUAAAAUUAUACUCUUCAUAUUUGCAAUUCAAAUAUUUUUAAAUAUUGUUACAUUGAUAAUACUCAAUGUUCUAUGAUGUUUAUUCAUUUCCAUAUAUAUCUAUAGAAAUUUAAAUUCUUUCAUCAUUAUUACAUUAUGAAAUAACAUAAAUUUUUUUGCUUUUCUGGAAAAAGAUAAAAAUACAAAUGUGAUUAGUUAGUAUAAUUAAUAAGCACAUAAUAAAGCAUAAAUUCAAUUCAUUAAAUUAUUUUUUAAAAAGACAUGUUCAUCUGAGUUAAAUGAGCCGAAGUGAAGAUACAUGUAACAGCAAGGAGUUGCAUUAGAAUACAUAAAUAAAAUUAUGUAUCUAUAGAUAUAGACAAACAACGCAAUUACGAAUGUUAUGUACAGUGGAAAUGAGAUUUAUGUGAAUAAAUUAUUAAAAAAAUAUGUUACAAAAGUA